AUGGAUGCCCCAAACAACACCACUCAGCCCCAGGACUCUCAGACCACCGUUCCCAAGGACAACUCCCCUCCUCCCGCAUACACUCCUCGAAGAGUACCCGACCUCACUGCUCUUACAGCCCGUGCUAUCCAGGCACGACAAGGGCUUGCUAGCAUGAUCCACAACAUCCAGUCCCAGCAGCAGCAAGCCCCCUAUGCUACCCUUCACCCUGGUGCUGUGGCCGAUGAUCAAGAUGAGGCUUCCGAAGAUAGCUCACCCAUUUGCUUGCGGAUCAACACUGCAGUCAACAUAUCACGCGGCAACAACAUUGUGUGCCUGACGGCAACACCUGCGGAGCAAGCCAAUGCCAUCUCCAGAGCUGUUGUCCAGGCUCUGAACGAGGGUAGCUCUGGGAGAUGCGGAAUCCCCAUGAUUGAUGAGUCAGGUUGCCCUCGGCCUCUCAAGAUUGAGGUUGAUGCCGGUAUUGUCGUUGAAGGCACUGGCAAUGUUGUCGGUAGCCGCGAGGUGGUCGGCGAGCUUCUUCGACGCCGAGCUGAAGCACCACUCCGACGACCCCGAGAAGAAGAUGAGGAGGAGGCAUCAGCUGCAAAGCGACGCCGAGCCAGCGAGUGA